UCUCCUUUGAUGAAGGCGGUACGAGCGGGGAUGACAACCAACCGAGCUCCAUCCCUGCCACCAUCAUCCUCCUCACCAUGCAUCCGCAAAAUGGCACCCGCGGCCGGCGAUGAACCGCCGCCACCAGCUGUAGAAGAAGCGGAAGCGGCCGCCACGCCGGCGAUGCGGACACUCGGCCGGAUUACGACGACGACGACGACGACCGCCGUGUGAGCGAGGCCGCUCUCCUCGCCAAGAUGGUCCGCGCGGCCCGCGCCUUGGGUCUAAUCAUCCUGUGCGUGGCGGUGCUCAUCCUGUCGCUCAUCAGCUACGUGUCCCUGCGGAAGGACAGCCUCUUCGGGACGCCCGUCGGGGGGCCCCGGAUCAUGUUCCACGCGGGCUUCCGAUCGCAGUUCGCCAUGAAUUUCUUGGACCCUUCUUUCAUCCCGCUGACCAACGCCCUGAACGAGGAGCUACAGGGGAAGCCGCCCAAGUGGAAAUUCAACAAGACUGCCUUCUUCCAGCAGAGGAAGGACAUCUUCAACUUCAUCGACAUUCCGCACAACUUCUCUCUGACCAAAAGCAGCGUCCGCGUGGGCCAGCUGAUGCACUUCGACUACUCCAGCCACAAGUACGUCUUCUCCAUCAGCAACAACUUCAAGUCCCUGCUACCCGACGCCUCGCCCAUCCUGGACAAACACUAUGGCACCUGCGCCGUGGUGGGCAACAGCGGCAUCCUGACGGGCAGCCAGUGCGGCUCCGAGAUCGACCGCGCCGACUUUGUCUUUCGCUGCAACUUCGCCCCGACCGAGGUGUAUGCCAAAGACGUGGGUCGCAAGACUAACCUGACCACCUUCAACCCCAGCAUCCUGGAAAGGUACUACAACAACCUGCUGACCAUCCAGGAUCGAAACAACUUCUUCCUGCACCUGAAGAAGCUGGAGGGCGCCAUCCUGUGGAUCCCGGCCUUCUUCUUGCAUACGUCGGCUACCGUCACGCGCACCCUGGUGGACUUCUUUGUGGAGCACAAGGGCCAGCUCAAGGUGGAGCUGGCCUGGCCCGGAAACAUCAUGCACAACGUCAACAAAUACUGGAAGACAAAGAACCUUUCCCCCAAGCGCCUGAGCACUGGCAUUCUCAUGUACACGCUGGCGUCAGCCAUGUGUGAUGAGAUCCACCUGUACGGUUUCUGGCCCUUCGGCUGGGACCCCAACACGGGCAAGGACCUGCCCUACCACUACUACGACAAGAAGGGUACCAAGUUCACUACAAAAUGGCAGGAGACCCACCAGCUACCCAGCGAGUUCAAGCUGCUUUACCGGCUGCACCGCGACGGCGUCACCAAGCUCAGCCUGACGCAUUGCCCGUAGAUGAG